UGUUGCGUCGGAAACACACGCUCUUGACAGCUUGACAGCUCAAAACACGACAGGCAUUUUUUUCUCUCUUCUUAUGUAUUAUUAGAAGUUAAGGGGGAGCAGUUCCCUGGUGGGCGUGGCGCUCAUUUUUUACCCAACGGCGGAAACAGCCGAGUGACUUUAUAACGCUCGGCUGAAAUUCACAGCGGCGUUAUUAGAAAAAAGACGCGAGGGAAGUAAAGGUGUGCGGAUUAAAAUGCCGGAAGUUUCCCUCCUGUCUCGAGGCUGCAGUGUGAAGAUGGUCUCCUCCAUGUCUUAUUAAAGCACCAGAUGCGGGACUAGAGCACCAUGUUGGAGCUUCCAGAGCCCAGAUACGAUAUCGAGGAGUGGCUGUCAACCCUCCGCUUGUCGCAGUACAUCUCUUUUUUCCAGGAGGCCGGUUAUGAGUUUGUGGAAGACUGCAGGGGACUCACAGAUGAGCGACUCCUGGAACUUCAAGUGGUGCCCACCGGCCACCGUAAACGCAUCCUUCGGAGCUUGGAGGCACUAGGGUUGAAGCACCAGGGUGGAGAGAAGGGCGAGAGUGAGCAGAAGGUUCAGCAGAGCGGUGGAGAUCAAAGGAAGCCACCGCUGUACCCCAGACAUGUCUUCCUCAAGGACAGAAUCAGGGGGGAGUCCUAUCAGCACAACCAAACGAAGGAGAAUAAGGAGUAUAAUUUGGAAGGUAGUCAGAGUUUGCCUGCAGGAGCAGGACUCGGACCAGACCCUGAGGACUUUACAGACUGUCGACGUGCCGUUCCACCUGUGCCGGCUCCACGUGACCUCCAACUCGUGCAGACGUCCGUGUCCUCCCGUACCUGUGUUCCUACCUCCACGCUGUUGAGCAGCAGCGACGAAUCUCUCUCCACCUCAGAAAUACCCUCCGAUUGGGAAGUUUCUUCAGAAGAGCCGUGUCAUUCCAGCUAUGACUCCGUGUCCUCUGCUACCGAUAUCCUUCUACCGGUGCUACUUGAAGACCAAGAGGAUUUUGAUGUUGAAAUGGUCGAAAACUCGAUUUACGAGGCGCAGCCAGAAGGGCCUCGACUCACCCGCUCCUACCGAUUAAGGCACCGACCUGUUCCAGAGAUCCCCAUUGAAACUGCUCCGCCACCUAUAGACAGGAGCACAAAAACAACCAGCCCCGAACACCUAACCGGCUCAGAGCGUCCCACUGGUGCAGACGGCAUACAGAAAGCUCCACUUCAAAGCAUCCCGACGCCCAUCGCUCCCUACGGAGAAGUAUUCCUGUACAACAACCCCGGCCCGGCUCCGGAAAAAGGGGCCAAAGACGGGCUGCAGAAGGGCUUCAAGGCCAAGAUGAAAGAGAAGAAAAAGAGAAAACAUUUCAAGGAAAAAGAGUGUCCUCCAGCUCCGGAUGUCCCACACGGAGAUGACUACUCAACCGUGGACAUGUGUGCCAGCCUGCUGCCCCGGGCCAAUCUGGACGCAGCGUCCGCCCUGACCCCUGACCCCGCCCCGGCUGCCUCGGCGACCCCUCGCCCCGAAGACGAGUCCAUGAUCAUGGUGGAGUGUGACAUCUACUCCGAAUCUCUAAACUCUGAAGGGCCUGUGAGCGAGAGCACGGAGCCCGAUAUCUCGCCGUACGCCUGCUUCUACGGCGCUCCCAAACAGCAAGUGGUCAAGGCGGGCUGGCUGGACAAGCUGUCACCUCAGGGAAAUUGCGUUUUUCAAAGGAGAUGGGUGAGAUUUGAUGGCGAGAGUCUGGCCUACUACAACAAUGAGAAGGAGAUGUACUCCAAAGGUCUGAUCCUGGUCAGCGCCAUCAGGAAGGUAAAAGGACUGGGCGACAACAAGUUUGAGGUUGUCACGGGCCUACGGACGUUCACGUUCCGGGCUGAGAAAGAAGGGGAACGCAAGGAGUGGAUGGAAACUCUUCAGACGGCCACGCGCCCCCCCGCCAGCAGCUCCCAGAAGCCCUCCGACAGCCUUCCCCACCUCUCCUCCGCAAACAAGCGAGGCUUGCUGGAGCUCCGUGGUUACAAAGGCAGAGUGCUGGUGUCCCUGGUGGGGAGUAAAGUCAGGCUCUGCAAAACAGAACAGGACUUUCGAGCGGGGCUUGGCAUAUGUGAAGUGGAACUUACUGCUGCCAACAUUAAAGAAGUGGACCGCAGAGGCUUCGAAAUAAACACGCCUUUCAAAAACUUCUGCUUCGUGGUGGACUCUGAA